AUGGAUCAGGUCAAGAUGGAGACCUGCAGCCGCUGUCAAGCCCGGUGGUUCUCCAUGGAUUUGAAGAAUGGGAUCUGCCAUGCCUGUUUCUUGCGGGAUCAGGGCGGCAAGACUCCCUUUCUCAUGUCUGCCGAGAACGGAAUGGACUCGGGAGAGCUGCCGGCCCAUCUGUCCGCGCUGACCCAAGUCGAGGAGACGAUGAUCGCCCGGUCACAUGUGCAAAUGAUGGUCUAUCGCUACCGUGGCUACCAGUACCACUACUCGGGACACUAUGUGUUGGUGUUACGGUCCUCAGAUCACGUCGCCGAGAAUGAUCUUCAAUAUCAACGCCAAUUCCAGUCAAAUUUUCAAGUUCAGAAGGGACAUGUUAUGACCUGGCUGCGGUUUCUCCAGGCGCACCACCCGGAUUAUCGGUAUAUCACCAUUUCCCCGGACCGGAUCGACGCCCUACCGAUUUGUUAG